GAGGAGCCGCGUGGGUUUUUUCCUCCUCUGUUUUUCCUCUCUUUCAAAACAGCGUCUCUCCACGAACAGAAUCUUCUCCUCCAAUCUUCUCUCCCAUCUCUCUCUCUCCAUCUCUCCGUGCAUAUAUACAUACAUGCAUCUGUAAUUAUAUAUUCAGUAUUCACCAUCCAAUCCCUUCCUCCCUCUCUCUCUCUCUCUCUGUCUCUCUCUCUGUUUCUGCACCUGCGCAACGCCAUCCCAGGAGACGACACAGUGUACCUGAAGACGAUCUGAGCUGCUGUGGAGGAGGGGGGCCAAUGGGGUCGAACCCACCUGAGCUGAGCUUGGAUUUCAGGCCGUCGUUCGUGCCGGCCACGAUCGGGGAUCUCCUCCGGGAGGUGUCGGCCAUCGGGGACGCCCGCGCCCGGUCGUCCAAGCUCGACGGUUACGUGGCGAGGCUGCAGGGGGAGAUGAGCAAGAUCGACGCCUUCAAGCGCGAGCUCCCGCUCUGCAUGCUGUUGUUGAAGGAUGCUAUUCUGGCAUUGAAAAUGGAGUCAGAGCAAUGCGCUGCACCGACGAGUGCUCAGCCUGUACUGGAGGAAUUCAUCCCACUGAAGAAGGACAAAGACGAAGACGACGAAAAGCUUGAAUUAAAUAAAGGGGCAGACGAUUCUAGGGACAAGAAGAACUGGAUGAGCUCCGUCCAGCUCUGGAACGCGGACGAUAGUCCCCCCGCCGUUCACUCCCCUGAUCUUAAACAAGAACUUAAACUAGAAACCACGGGAAAUCAGGCACAGACUCUCUCUGCAACGGAAGAUCUACUGGAGACAUGUAAAGGGAGAAAUGGGGGGAGGCCAUUCGGGCAACUUAAGGGGUAUUCGCCUUUUUCGGCAGCCCCAGUCACUUCCGUCCAGGAGGAGAAAAUGAGAUUGCCUAUUCAAGGCCUCUCGCUUCUCGCUCCUGGGAUCAAGAAUCCGAGGGAAAAGUCGUUUUGUGCCGAAACCAGGAUGGGGUGCGCGAGAUUGAUUCCAUCCCCUGCCCACAAUGUUCAGUCCAAUCUACCGAGCAGAGGACAUCAGCCUCCGCAGCAGACCGCAAGGAAGCAGAGAAGGUGCUGGUCUCCUGAGUUGCACAGGCGGUUCGUCAAUGCCUUGCAACAACUCGGUGGCUCACAAGUGGCUACUCCGAAGCAGAUUAGAGAACUUAUGCAGGUCGAUGGCCUGACCAAUGACGAGGUGAAAAGUCAUUUGCAAAAAUACAGGCUUCAUACUCGAAGAAUCUCGUCUGCUACAUCUUCCCCGGCGGAUCAGUCAGUUGCCAUUUUGGGUGGUUUAUGGUUGUCCCCGGAUCAGUAUGGCGACUCCUCAAAAGGAAGUAGCUCACAGUCUGAUUCUCCACAAGGUCCGCUCCAGUUGGGUGGAAGCAUGGGGGCUACUACCUCGACCACCGGAGGCAACAGCAUGGAGGAUGAAGAAGACGAGAGGUCCGAAUGUUAUAGCUGGAAAAGCCAUGUUAACAAACCCGGUACAGUCGAUGUAUAGAGUUUUGUCGGCGGUGAGUUUUUGCAGAUAAAAAUUAUACGGGAGUUAGUAUCUAUGAAUAACGGAUCAUACAUAAAAAGUAGAAGUAUCUCAGCUGAGAUGAGAGGCUUCGAAAUUUUGCAGAGGUAGCUUUAUUUUUUCUUUUGUUGUUAUAUCCUGAACUCUGUUGAGUUUUGCUUUUACUCGCUAUCGGUAUGAGAACACUGUUGUGAGAGCAUAUAUGUAAGAAGUUGGGGCCAUUUCAUUUAUCAUCAA